UUGCCUUGCCUCCCUCCGAUCUCCACUGUGCACGAACCCACCCACACAUGCGGCAGUCUCUCAGUCACAGCGCCACUCCUCCCAACGACCUCCCCCUCACUGCUCCUUCCUCUUUUACUCCGCUGCACCCCCACCUCCCCAAAACCCGCGCCCGCAGCUGAUGAUUAGCUGAGGGAGCCCAUGGCGUUCAUGGUGCAGCACGGCAAGAGCAGAGCCGCCGUCGCCGCCGCAGCGGCGAGGGAGAGGAAGCCGAGGCCCGGCACGAGGGCCGCCGCGGCGGCCAAGAGCCCGGCCAAGCCGAGGCAGCUCGCCGGCAGGCUGCUCCUCGCGGCGUGCCUCCUCGCCCCGCUGCUCUGCAUCUGCGCGGCCAGGCUCCUCUCCCCGCUCUCGUCACGGGUCUCGUCUGGCGAUGGAGUUUAUCUGGCCGAGGGAAACUAUGUUAUUAGCUCUGAAGAUGCUGAAGCAGGGGCUGGAGCUCUGAACUCGUUCCAGCAGGGCAUUGUGGAUGGACAUGGACCUCCAGGGCCUAUUGCUCCGGUUCCUGCAAGAUUUGGUGCUGAUCCUGUCAGAAGUUUAGAUACAGGAGUUGAAAACAGCAAUGCCGAGAAUAGAACAGAUUUUGAUAAUAAAUCAGGUAUUGAGAGGAAGACUGCAUCAUCUGCAAAGUCUGGUUCGCCUCCUGAAAACUCUUUCACGAAUUUUCAACAAUCAGUCACAGAUAUUGAGGCUCCAAAGCCUAAGAGUAAGAUAUAUUGUGAUGACAAGGGUAAAGAUGAGGGCUUCCCUUAUGCAAGGCCAAUCAUCUGCCAGAUGUCUGGUGAUGUGCGAGUUUCUCCAGGAAGCUCAUCAGUUGCUCUUACUAUGCCAAUGCAACAAGGCGUUGAAGGACGGCGGGUAAGGCCAUAUGCUCGCCGUGACGAUUCCUUGCUACCUCUUGUAAAAGAAGUGGACAUCAGAGCAGCUGCAAGUGAAAAUGAUGCUCCCAGAUGCAGCAUCAACCAUGAUGUCCCUGCAGUUGUCUUCUCUGUUGGUGGCUAUACUGGAAACUUCUUCCAUGACGUGUCAGAUGUGCUGAUCCCACUAUAUCUAACUUCCUUUCGGUUCAAAGGGAGGGUAAAAUUCUUCAUUACCAACUACAAGCAGUGGUGGAUUCAGAAGUACAAACCGAUGCUACGGAGGCUAUCGCAUUAUGACAUAAUUGAUUUUGACUCAAACAAGGAUGUUCACUGCUUUGAGCAAGUAAUUGUUGGUUUGGUGAGAGACAGGGAUCUCAUCCUUCGGCCGCAUCCAACGAGAAACCCACAAGGGUACUCAAUGCUUGACUUCACAAGAUUCUUGCGCCACUCAUAUGGCCUCAAAAGGGCCAGACCGUUAGUCCUUGGUGGAGAGCCUGGCAAGAAACCAAGAAUGCUGAUCAUAUCAAGGCGAGGCACAAGGAAGCUCCUGAACCUUCGUCAACUGGCUGCAAUAUCAAGGGCGCUAGGCUUUGACGUGACCGUCUCCGAGGCCAGGGGAAACUUGAAGAAGUUUGCCACAAUGGUGAACUCGUGUGACGUACUCCUAGCUGUCCAUGGCGCCGGCCUGACCAACCAGAUCUUCCUGCCGGCAAAGGCGGUGGUGAUUCAGAUAGUUCCAUGGGGGAAGAUGGGUUGGAUGGCCACCAACUUCUAUGGGGAACCAGCCCGCGGCAUGAACCUGAGGUACCUGGAGUACCACAUCUCUGAACAAGAGAGCAGCCUUGCUCAGAGGUACCCCAGAGACCACAUGGUGUUCAAGGACCCCAUGGCAAUCCAUGGUCAAGGGUGGAAUGCAUUGGCAAACAUUUUCAUGGCACAGGAUGUGAAACUCAAUCUCAGGAGAUUCAGGCCUACACUUUUACAGGCCCUGGACCUUCUUCAGUUGUAGUGUGAUAGAAAGGUGACAGUUCUAUAUUCUUUCUUGUACAAUAUAUAGUUCAUUCUUUGUCAGUUAAUUCUUUUUUCCUGACACAAAGUCCAUGUAGUUGUAACCUUAUGUUGUGCUAAUGAAUGGUAGUACAGCACGGCAAGUGGGUGUUUGGAUA